AUGUCUUGGUCUUGGGAAAUUUUGCGCCUUUCCAGUUCCACACCAAAGAUUAUAAAUUUUGAUCCCUAUGAAGAUUUUGUGAUUAAAAUUGAUCCCAUCCCAGUAGCAAACCAAAAUCAACAACAAAUGCCAAGAAACAAUCAAUCACAAAUUCAAGCGUUCCAUUACGAACAGCGUACAUUGAACAACAAUCGACAAGUGGUUCAAUCCCACAGUCAGAGAGUCUACGAUCUCGACAAUCUCGAACCAAAUAGAGUAUGUCAAGUAUUAGUUUCUUUUAAAGCAGUUGAAGCAAUUGAAGCUUUGAAUACUAUCCCCGUUCCUCAGGGA